CUUCAUCUCCUUCUUUCUCCCUCCACUCCGCCUCCUCCUCCUCUGCCAACACGGUCAAUUCCACAAGAUGUUUUUCUUCGGCCUUGGGAAGCUCGUCUAUGCAGCUAUCCUCCUCACCAACGCUAUUGCAGUCCUCUCCGAAGACCGCUUCCUCGCCAGGAUCGGAUGGGGUCGCACCCAGGCUGAUCCAGCCUUCGGCGCGACAUACGAUAACACCAGCGUGAAAGCGAAGACGGUCAACCUAAUCGCCAGCAUCCGGACCCUCAUGCGAAUACCCCUAAUCGUGAUCAACACCGUCAUCAUCGUCUACCAGCUAAUCCUCGGGUGACCGCAUUUCAUACCUGCCUCGACCGAUCCUGCUUCGCGAUUCCUGCGGCUAUUCUAUCUUUUCCAAGUCCUCGUCUCGCAAGAACCGCCGGUUGCAUCGUGUGGAGCCUAUCUCCAUCCUCCUCCCUUCCCUCCUCUCCACACUUCGACCGAUCAGAUAUACCAACUUGGGGAGACGAAUGGUGCCUUGCUGGAAGAAAGCUACGGGAUAAUGGGUCGAGGGGAGAUAAUGCGAAUAGGCGGACAGGCAAGCUAGCUAGCUAGCUAGCUAGCAAGCAAGCGCUGCAGGACGAGAAAGAAGACGACGAUGAUGAAGAAGCUGCGGUCGGAAGCUGGACGAGACCGUGUCAGCGACUGAGGUCUCUCUUCCACCGCGCGGGUAUUGCGACCACUCACUUCAUUGAUGCGGUAACCUCGUGUAUUUACUAUACUAUUACUUACUACUUUCUACUACACUGCUACGCACUGCCUGGGGAUAGAUAUCAUUUUGAUAAAAAUACCGCAUAA